AUGUGGAACGUCUCUCGCUGGUCUGACCAUGUGGACGUCUCUCGCUGCUCUGACCAUGUGGACGUCACUCGCUGCUCUGACCAUGUGGACGUCACGCUCUGCUCUGACCAUGUGGACGUCUCUCGCUGCUCUGACCAUGUGAACGUCACGCUCUGCUCUGACCAUGUGGACGUCACGCUCUGCUCUGACCAUGUGGACGUCACGCUCUGCUCUGACCAUGUGGACGUCACGCUCUGCUCUGACCAUGUGGACGUCACGCUCUGCUCUGACCAUGUGGACGUCACGCUCUGCUCUGACCAUGUGGACGUCUCUCGCUGGUCUGACCAUGUGGACGUCUCUCGCUGGUCUGACCAUGUGGACGUCUCUCGCUGCUCUGACCAUGUGGACGUCAUUCGCUGCUCUGACCAUGUGGACGUCACGCUCUGGUCUGACCAUGUGGACGUCACUCGCUGCUCUGACCAUGUGGACGUCACUCGCUGCUCUGACCAUGUGGACGUCACUCGCUGCUCUGACCAUGUGGACGUCACGCUCUGCUCUGACCAUGUGGACGUCACGCUCUGCUCUGACCAUGUGGACGUCACUCUCUGCUCUGACCAUGUGGACGUCACUCGCUGCUCUGACCAUGUGGACGUCACGCUCUGCUCUGACCAUGUGGACGUCACUCUCUGCUCUGACCAUGUGGACGUCACUCUCUGCUCUGACCAUGUGGACGUCACGCUCUGCUCUGACCAUGUGGACGUCACUCGCUGCUCUGACCAUGUGGACGUCACUCGCUGCUCUGACCAUGUGGACGUCACGCUCUGCUCUGACCAUGUGGAACGUCUCUCGCUGGUCUGA